AUGGAGGUCAUCUUGACUGCCAUUCUAGGUGAAGUUGCCACCAGAUCUUUUUCAUUCUUGAUCGACAAAUACAUGGCAGAAGAUCCAACGACAGAAAGUGUAGAUGAGAUGCUCCAGAGUCUGCAACUGCUGCUGCUUCGUGUCCGCGUCAUCAUGGAGGAGGCGGACGGGCGAAGUAUCACGAGCCAAGCCAUGCUGCAGCAACUGAACAUCCUGAGGAAGGAGAUGUACAGGGGCUACUACGUCUUGGAUUGUUUCAGAGGAAACCAGGACGAGGCAAAAGCAGGUUACAACAACGUGAGCCACUAUUUUACCCUCUCUAAGUUCAGUCCUGCCAAGCGUCUUUUUCUCUCUACUAGUGUUGCUGGUACACCAUGCGUGAAAGAAGUUCAGCAAGUGUCCAAAAACUUGGGUACCAUAAUCUUUCAUAUGAGCGAGUUUCUCGCAUUUCUGAAGAAUUAUCCUCCGCGGUACCGCCAACCUUACUUUAUGCAUCUGAUGAUUGGCCUGAGCAUGUUUGGCCAUCAAAUGGAAAUGGAGAGGGUUGUCAAUUUUCUGAUGCAAACAGAGCCUUGUACCGGAGAAAGUACAGGGGUUCUACCAAUUAUUGGUCCAAAAGCUGUUGGGAAGAGCACUCUUGUUGCCCACGUCUAUAGUAGUGAGAAAAUGCGUGACUAUUUUUCUAGAAUAGUGCUAGUCACUGACGAAGAUCUCAAAAAUAGACAGUUGGCAACUUUGAAGGAUGGAGGUCUGACAAUCCACCGAAACAAUCCGUCGCCCAAUGGGAAGGGGAGGUUGUCAGCAUCGGCACUGGAGGGGACCAAGCGGCACGUGAGCCCAGGAGAAGCGCACGCGAACGUCGUGGCAACGUCAGACUCGGUGGAAACGAGUGGGUGUGAUCUAGGCUAG